AUUCUGUAGAUAUUCUCAUAAUAUAAUUUAAGUGGUUAUCUACAUUUACAGAUUAAAUACAAAAUGGCUGCCGCACUACCAAUGGAGUCCAACCCUGAGACUAUGAACCGAUACUUACAAAAACUGGGAGUCCCAAGUAAAUGGCGAAUGGUAGAUGUAGUUGGCUUGGAAGCGGAUGCUUUGCACUGGGUGCCGCGUCCCGUUCUGGCCGUCAUACUCCUGUUCCCACUUUCUGAGAACUACGAACAACAUAGAGCUCAGCAAGAGAGUGAGUUGAUAAGCAAAAAUAUUCCACCUCCUGCUGGUGUGUUUUACUUGAGGCAAGUUCUUAGCAACGUAUGUGGAACCAUUGCCUUGGUGCAUAGCGUUGCCAACAAUACCAAUAAAAUCGACCUUGAGGACGGACUGUUGAAAAAUUAUAUUAGUGACGCAAAAGAUUUGGAUGCUGAAGGAAAGGGUGCUCUUUUGGAGAACUCUGCUAACAUUUUGCAAGCUUAUAAAGAUACUGUAGAAUCUGCAGACCAAGAAACAGAAGAAAGCGGACCAGUCAAUCACUUUGUCACAUUUAUUCAUAGAGAUGGGAUACUUUAUGAAUUGGAUGGACGCAAGUCUUCACCGAUAAACCAUGGACCGACGUCUCCAGACAAUUUUUUGGAAGAUGCUGCAAAGAUAUGCCGUGAGUUUAUCGCCCGGGAACCUGACAAUAUUGGGUUCAACGUGGUAGCGCUUGUGCCUGCUCAAUAACCUGUGGCUAUCUUGUUUUAUCAUGUUCGAUAAUUAGUAAUUCUUUAGUUGA